UUAGAGGCGUUUCGUUCACAGAACUAUUCGAACCAAAUUUCAGAACAGCUACGUCAUUUCGCCGAUUUGACCAAUUUCAUAAGUUCAGCGUCUCAUAAUCAGAGGUACUUAAAUUAUUAAAUUUAAAAGACACUUUAGGAUUUCUUUUAAUGUGUGAUGAACUGAAACUUGAUGAAUAUGGAUUAAUGUAUUUCAAUUCAGUAUAAUGAAGGAAUCAUGAGAAGUUCACUACAACAAGCAAGUAUCCACUGUGCAUUAUUUGUUGCAACUCAUUUUGUCAACAAGUAUGUAUUGUCUGUGUUGAAGUUCCAAUUUCCAACCAUCUUUCAAGGAUGGCAGACUCUGGUAGGAUUCCUAAUGUUGAGUUUGUUGGUAUCAACAAGGCAUCUACCAACACUUCUUGACAAUACAGACAGAUAUGACAUUGCCAACUGGUUACCAGGGAUGAUGUUCUUUGUGAGCUCAAUUUAUUCUGGGUCCAAAGCUUUAGCUGCCUUGUCCAUUCCAGUGUUCCUGUCUCUACACAACCUAGUUACGGUGAUACUAUGUACAGCUCAGCUUGCCGUAUAUAGACAGUUGACAAGUAUCUACAGUUACACAAUGUUGAUGAUACUGGUUGUAUCAUCAAUUUUAAUAGGGGCCACUGACCCAGACUACCACAUGGAUGGCUAUUUCUGGACCUGUGUUCAUAUUUUAACAACAGGUGGAUAUGGUGUUUAUUCAAAGAUUUCUCGAGGAAGAUUAAAAUUAAGUGCUCAUGAAAAGAUGUAUUGUAACUAUUUAUACAGUGUGAUAGUUUUAGCUCCUUCCAGCUAUUUUCUAGGGGAUGCUGUACAAGCUGGGAGAUAUCCAUAUUUAUACUUCUCCAAAUUUUAUGUUGGUUGUAUCAUGAGUGGUGUGUUUGGUGUUUUUCUCGCCCUCAGUAAUAUAAAACUCGUGGAAAGUAAUAUAGAUAAGGGAGAAAUGGCAAAAAUAACAGGAAUAUGUAAAUUGGUGGCAUCCGUGACCUCAUUAAUUUUCUUCAAGUCAACAUUCGCAGGCUCACAUUUAUUAUGGAUAUGUGUUAACCAUUUAGCAGCCAUAGUUUGUGAAGAUUCAACCAAUGUUGAGGAGUCACCUGUUUUGGCCACAGCUUCUGUGUCAAGUUCAUCCAAUCCACAACAUUUAACACAACAAAAUUCUUUGACAAGAGAUUAUAUUAAAGUGACAGUCCAGUGAUCUUCUUUCCUCCAAGAGUAGAGAGUAUUUUAUUGGUAACGUCUAGUCGUAUGACAUUUGAAACAAGUGUUAAAUUCAACGUUCUGAUUGGUUUAAAUAUUAAGAUCUGAGAGGAAUUAUUAUUUUAGAUAGAUCAACAAUAAGGCUGUGUUUAUAGGUUAUAUAUUAUAUUAAUAUAUCUCAAUGACAAUCUCUAACUCCAUUGUUAAACAAGCAAUAAUUGAAAUAUCAUAUUUGAGAAUAGAAUUGUUCUAUAGUAUUAUAUACAUGUCCUAACUACUCUAAAGAGAAGAUUUUUACAGCGCAACAGAGUUUAAGAAUUUCAGCAAAAAAUGUGUGAAAUGUUAUGAAGUCUUAGAGAUAAGUGUAAUAUUUACUUUAACCUGUUAACCAAUCCCUUUUGUUAUUUUUUUUUUUUUUAAAUAUUUUAUCUUAGUGGUUAUUUUAGACAGUCAUCCCUGAUUUACAGAAUACUUCAAUGACUUUUAUUAUUGACACAAAGCUUUUUAUUGCCUGUCACCUGCAUGGAGAAAUUUUGUCUUGCUAAAGGAUUGAACAAACAACCCUUUAAUUACUUAUUCUUUUAUAAGGAUAAGCCUGUUUCUGCAUUCAAAAAAUGUACUACUUGCAUAGCAUAAUUAUGAAUUAAUUUGAUAAAACUUGUUUUCAUCAGUAUUAAAGCACUCUUACAAACUUCGGCACUUUAAUGCAUGUACAUGUUUCAAUAGGCGAUGAAAUUGGUGUAUUCUAAUAAAAUAGUCAAAUUGCACAAUCUGUGUAGUAGCAGCACGCCAAUUCAUGUUAAUUUUCAUGAAAAUUUUGGAAGUUUGUUUAAAAGUAAAAUAUUGUGAGGUGAACAAAUAAACCAAUUUACAUAUUGCAAUCAGCACUUACAAUCCAAGAAAAGAUACCAAAAAGUGGUCAACAUAUGCAAAAACAGCCCUUACUGCGUUAGUAACAAAGUAAAAAUAUGGUGAUAAAAUACUACAAAAUCAGUCUAAAACUGCACAUAACAUGUAAUAUAUAACUUGGAUCUUGGAUGUUUUACCUUUCUUAAAAUUUGUGUACAUUUUUCUAAAUAUUGAUUUUCUUGAAAAAUUUUGGCUCGUCUGGAGGAGUGCUUGCAGCUUUAAUGUUACUUAAUAAUAUUUAAAUAUUUAUACCAUGCUUCACAUUAUAUUUUGAUUUAACAGGGACAACCUUUUAAUUUUUCACAUGCAUAGGAAAUUUCUUCCUAAAAAGGAUUUUAGCAUCUAUAAGCCUUGCAUAAAUUACAGUAUGCCAUUAUAUUUUUUUUGCCACCUGAAAUCCGUAUUGUGUUGUUGAUAUUGUAUUGUUUUAUAAUUCACAUACAUGUAUAUAGUAUGUAAAACAUUAUUUAACUAAUAUUGACAGAUUUGAACAGAUUUCUACAGAUUUCUAAGUCAUUGAAUAGUUUGACCAACUGAAAUUUUUAAAUAUGCAUUUGUGUAUUAAAUUUACAUAUGCAUUUUCUCUAAAUGCUACAAAGAAAAUGUUAUUGUUGUACAUAAUUUAUGUACAUAUUUAUUUAUUGUUAUUUGAUGGAAGAUUAUAGAAACUAUGCCUCUAAGGCUUUUGUAUUUGUGUAUUUAUUUGUAAAAUGACACAUUUUAUAGAACAAUGUGUGGCGGCGAUUUUUACAUUGAUAGUCUUGAUUUUUCUUAAAACAUCACCUUUACUGAAGAUGGAAAAAAGAAAAAUAUUUCGUAUGGGUACAUAUUCAGGGUCUCCAGUAUUCAAUAUACUACUUUUCUGUAGCUAGUUUUGGUGGGGGUGUUGAUUUCUAUUAACUGCUCCUCAUUUUUUGUUGCUGUUGUUUUUCAUCUCUAAAAUAAUCCAAAUACUCUCUUUCAUCAUGAUAAUUAUAAAGAUAUGUUUUUGAAUGAUAUAUGAGCCGCUUCACGACAAAACCAACAUAAUGGGUUUGCGACCAGCAUGGAUCCAGAACGGCCUGCGCAUUCGCGCAGUCUGAUCAGGAUCCAUGCUGUUCGCUAUCAGUUUCUCUACUUGUUAUAGUUUGUAAGCCAACAGCAUGGAUCCUGAUCAGACUGCGCAGGCUGGUCUGGAUCCAUGCUGGUCGCAAACCCAUUGUGUUGGUUUUGUCGUGACGCGGCUCAUACAUGUCAUAUUAUUAUUUAACAGAUCACCGCAACAUAUCAUAUCUCAUAGUUUUGUGCUAAUAAUAAUGGCUAAAUUAUUUCACUAAGUUUGAUAAGAGGGUCACUUUACAGAGUGAAGGCUUCAUUUUUGUGCCACUUUUAUAACAAUAGUGCUUUCAUAUUUUAUCUUUACUAUCACUCUGUUAUGAUAUUUACUGAUUGAGAUUUAAUAAACUUUAAAACUUC